CAAAACGAUCCUGUAGCGGCGAAGCUCACCCAGAGCCGCAGCACUGAUUCGGCAGGAGCAUAGUGUCUCCGCUCCCUGCUCCCUGCUCCCUGCUCCCCUUGGCAAACAUGGACUCUUCUCCACUCUACUGAUGCUUUCAAUGCCAGUUUCAACUGUAGAUGGAGUUCCGCGCUCUCUCCCAGACACCGGAUCGCCGGUAAAGAAGCGCACAGCAUCUGACACGGCCCCGAACAGUAUAGCUCUCCCUCGGACAUAAAUCCCAGCCGAUAACAUGGGGAGUAAAGGCCACUACAGGUACCACUGGCAGAGCCACAAUGUCAAACAGAGCGGAGUCGACGACAUGGUGCUCCUCUCGAAGAUCACUGAAGACGGCAUUGUCGAUAACCUCAAGAAGCGAUACAUGGAUGAUUAUAUAUUUACAUAUAUUGGGCCGGUGCUGAUCUCUGUAAACCCAUUCAAACAGAUGCCAUACUUCGGAGAAAAAGAAGUUGAAAUGUACCAAGGAGCAGCUCCUUAUGAAAAUCCGCCGCAUAUCUACGCCCUUGCUGAUACCAUGUUUCGGAACAUGAUUAUCGAUGGGGAAAAUCAAUGUGUCAUCAUCAGUGGUGAAAGUGGGGCUGGAAAGACUGUCGCUGCAAAAUAUAUCAUGAGUUACAUUUCCAGGGUUUCUGGUGGUGGUCCCAAAGUGCAGCAUAUAAAAGAUAUAAUUCUUCAAUCAAAUCCUCUCCUGGAAGCAUUUGGAAAUGCUAAGACAGUGAGGAACAAUAACUCCAGCAGAUUUGGGAAAUACUUUGAAAUCCAGUUCAGUCCAGGUGGGGAGCCAGAUGGAGGAAAAAUCUCCAAUUUCCUUCUGGAAAAAUCCAGGGUUGUUGCACGAAAUAUCGGAGAACGCAGUUUCCACAUCUUCUACCAGCUCAUUGAGGGUGCAUCUGCAGACCAAAAAUCCAAUUUGGGAAUCACUAAUCUUGAAUACUAUUUUUACCUCAACCAAUCUGACUCCUACAAAGUAGAAGACAUUAAUGAUCGGAAGGAUUUUCAAGAAACUCUGCAUGCUAUGAAUGUGAUUGGAAUUUUUGCUGAAGAACAGGCCAUGGUUCUACAGAUAGUGGCUGGCGUGCUUCACAUGGGAAAUAUCACUUUUAAAGAGGUUGGCAAUUACGCGGCUGUGGAAAGCGAAGAAUUCCUGGCAUUCCCAGCAUUCCUACUUGGUAUUAACCAGGAGCGACUGAAAGAAAAACUGACCAGCCGGAAAAUGGACAGCAAGUGGGGAGGGAAGUCUGAAACUAUUAAUGUGACGUUAAACGUGGAGCAAGCCUGCUAUACCAGGGAUGCACUUUCCAAAGCUCUCCAUGCACGCAUAUUUGACUAUUUAGUUGAUUCCAUUAACAAGGCAAUGGAGAAGGACCAUGAUGAGUACAACAUUGGUGUCCUCGACAUCUAUGGCUUUGAGAUUUUCCAGAAAAAUGGCUUUGAGCAAUUUUGUAUCAACUUUGUGAAUGAAAAACUCCAGCAGAUAUUUAUUGAGCUCACACUGAAAGCCGAGCAGGAGGAAUAUGUUCAAGAGGGAAUUAAAUGGACACCAAUUGAAUAUUUCAAUAACAAAAUAGUCUGUGAUCUUAUAGAGAACAAAGUUAACCCACCUGGCAUUUUAAGUAUCCUGGAUGACGUCUGUGCAACAAUGCACGCAACGGGAGAAGGAGCAGAUCAGACCUUGCUCCAGAAAUUGCAGAUGCAGAUUGGAACCCAUGAGCACUUCAACAGCUGGAACCAGGGCUUCAUCAUUCACCACUACGCAGGCAAGGUGUCCUACAACGUGGAGGGAUUCUGCGAGCGGAAUCGAGACGUUCUUUUCACCGACCUCAUUGAACUCAUGCAGAGCAGUGAGCUCCCCUUCAUUCGUGCACUUUUUCCCGAAAGUCUGCAAGCCGAAAAGAAAGGUCGCCCCACUACAGCUGGCAGCAAAAUUAAGAAACAAGCCAAUGACCUGGUGAGCACUCUGAUGAAGUGCACCCCCCACUAUAUCCGCUGCAUCAAACCCAAUGAAACCAAGAAGCCCAGAGACUGGGAGGAGAGCAGAGUUAAACAUCAAGUGGAGUACCUGGGUUUAAAAGAAAACAUCCGCGUGCGACGAGCGGGCUACGCAUAUAGACGAGUUUUUAAGAAGUUCUUACAAAGGUAUGCCAUCCUGACCAAAGAGACGUGGCCUUCUUGGAGAGGAGAUGAGAAGCAAGGAGUGGUCUUUCUCCUCCGAUCUGUCAACAUGGACUCUGAUCAAUACCAGAUGGGCAAAAAUAAAGUCUUCAUUAAAGCUCCAGAGUCUCUGUUUCUGCUUGAAGAGUUGCGGGAAAGAAAAUAUGAUGCCUAUGCCCGGGCAAUUCAGAAAGCAUGGAAGAAGUAUGCUGCGAGGAAGAAAUACGUGCAGAUGAGAGAGGAAGCAUCUGAUUUGCUGCUCAAUAAAAAGGAGAGGCGGCGAAACAGCAUCAACAGGAACUUUGUCGGCGAUUAUAUCGGAAUGGAAGAUCGGCCGGAGCUGCGGCAGUUUAUAGGGAAAAGGGAGAAGGUUGAAUUUGCCGAUACUGUUAACAAAUACGAUCGAAGGUUUAAGAGUGUGAAGCGUGACCUUGUCCUCACCCCCAAGUUUGUGUACCUCAUCGGACGAGAGAAAGUAAAGGAAGGUUCUGACAAGGGCCAGAUGAAGGAGGUGCUAAAGCGAAAGAUUGAGCUGGAACGGAUCCUGACUGUUUCACUCAGCACCAUGCAAGAUGACUUCUUCAUCCUCCACGAGCAGGAGUAUGACAGCCUGCUGGAGUCGGUCUUCAAAACUGAAUUCAUUAGCCUCUUAUCGAAGCGCUACGGGGAGAAGAUGCAGAAGAAGCUGCCUCUGCGCUUCAGUAACACACUCGAAAUGAAGGUGAGGAAGGAUAACUGGGGUCCCUGGAGCGCUGGAAGUUCUCGACAGGUUCAGUUUAUCCAAGGCAAUGGGCAGGUGGCGGUUCUGAAGCCCAGCAGUAAAACCCUACAGAUCAGCAUUGGGCCAGGACUGUCGAAGAACUCACGGCCUACAAAGAGGAACUUGAUGCAGGUGAAACAACAAACUACAAGGUCACAGAAGACAGCCUAUCCAAUGAGAGCUGCUCCUCCCCCUCCAGGUUUCCACCAGAAUGGAGUCCUCAAGGGUCCACAGAACAGCUCGCAACGGCAACCUGUAAACAGCCGAGCCACCCAGCGAAUCCUGCAUCAGAGCACAGCAGCGGCAGGCCGUCCGAUUCUGCCUAGACCGGGAUCCCAGCUCAGAGACAGGGACGCCCGCACCCAGAAUAACCUGGAUUUCUUGAACGUGCCUGAACAGGGAGCUGCAGGGGCGCACAGGCAAAUGACAAGUCGGCCGCCCCCUGCAGGAGGUCGGCCAAAACCCCAACCCAAGCCCAAGCCUCAGGUACCACAGUGCAAGGCGCUGUAUGCAUAUGACGCUCAGGACACAGAUGAACUUAGCUUUAAUGCUGAUGACGUUAUAGAAAUAGUAAAAGAAGAUCCCUCGGGAUGGUGGAUCGGACGACUGCGAGGGAAGCAAGGAUUAUUCCCCAACAAUUAUGUUGCCAAGAUAUAAAACUGUCAUUAUUAUUAUAUACAGAGAAACCAAAUGAAGUAUAUCACAGACAGCAAUCCUACAGUGACAAGGAUUGUAUAUGGUUGUAAAUGUAUGAACCUGCACAAAUCUGUAGUCUGGAGCUACACUCGCAUUAGAACUGAAGGAUCUGUAAUUUAUUGUAUUUAUACAUUUUCCCCUCUAUAAGAUGUAGUUUAGAAUAAUAUUGCAUAAAAUACCUGAGUAAAGGAUUCUUAAUUCUGCUCUGUCUAUUCACCAAAUGGUUUUACUCUUUUAUAAUUUUAGUAAUCUGCUAUUUCUUCAGUAAGUUCUGAGUUGGGACAGACACUGAACUUUGCUGCUGACUCAUGUACGAGGAAUGUUUGCUGCACUUAAAUGCCCAACAGAAUGGGAUGAUCUGUUUUGAAAAUAAUUUAAAGCUAUCAAGUUUUGUAGCAGGGUCCUCAGGAGUACCGUAGGCUGCAUUGGUGACCAAUCUAUGUAGUACUAUAUAAACAAAGCAAUUGUAUUUUAGUGCCUUAUUACAUAAAUGUGGCUGGUCCAUAUUAAAUACUGUAUUUGAUGUAAAGUUGAGGUUAGAGAAAUGUUUCACUUUCCCCGUUUUACUGUGUUAACCCAAUUCAAUGACUCGUGUCUAUACACAUACUCCACUGCACUGAUUUUUUUGCUGUUAGAACCUGGAAACUUUGUCAGAUCUUUACUUUGCAUUCUCUUUGGCCAACCUCUUGAACUUUAUAAAUUUAUAUGUACAAACUCUUAAAAUGUAGGAUUGAUAAAUAAACAAUAUAUCCAAAACAAAUAAUGAUGAGCUGUUUGACCCUGUUCAAG